UUUGCCUUUUGUAAAUCAGCUAAAUAAACACAUUUAGAGGGGAAGAUAUAUAAAAAAGAAACAAAAAGAAGGGGAGGAGACUCCAGGUGAAUCGCAAUCAUCUCAUCAGAAAUGCCAUGGGUCUGUCGUCACCGGACUGGGAUUAUGUGGUGGUUUAGAAUGGCACUUGAUAGUUGCACAUUUGAUGAGCAAAUGGAACCUUUAUGUUAACAGAAAAGAAUGGGAUUGUGUAGAGACUGAGACGUUUUCUUUGGGACUGUCCUGAAAUCAUCCACCCACCCCAGUGUGGCACUGCCAGGUGCCCUCUUUUUGUCUGCCACAACCAUUAUUAGAGGGACAAACAUUACUGGCUUCUAUUCGACACCAGCUGCUCCUAUCUUGGCAUUGACAGAAGUAUAGAGAGAACAGACAGACAGUGAUGUGGAACAAUAGGGUUGUACUUCCUCAUUUAAUCUAAACACUAUGGAUUUAAGGAGUAGGAUAUAAAAAUCAACGGGGUGGAAAGUGGAAACAUAUCAAAGACAUAUCAAAGCCAGCGGAGAGAAAACUCUUCUGUGUGUGAACACAGUAUGGGAACCACUGAAGCCACUUUACACAUGGAGAACAUGGAGGUAAAAGACGAAUGGCAGGACGACGAUUUCCCACGGCCUCUUCCAGAAGGCGGUGAUUUAGAUGGACUCACUGACAAUACAACUUCUCAUCACGGCACUCUGAUGGACGAUCACAUGGAAUCCGUCCACCGCAAGCGCCGCACGCUUGUCGCCCUGGAGAUCAACCUGUCGCUCGAUAAAAGCGAAGGUUCUGUCCUUUCUGAUGACUUCCUGGAAACACCUGACGACCUGGACAUAAAUGUGGAUGACAUUGACACCCCCGAUGAUGAUUCUCUCAGGUCCAUCACCAAUGGCACAGAACUGGAAUGGGAAGAUGACACUCCAGUGGCCAGUGCGAAAGGUCCAGGGGGCGAUGAGGGCGGCCGGACGGGUCGUCUGUGGAGGACGGUGAUCAUUGGCGAUCAGGAGCACAGAAUAGAUAUGCAGGUGAUCAGACCGUACCUGCGCGUCAUCACGCAUGGAGGUUACUACGGUGAGGGACUAAAUGCAAUCAUCGUGUUUGCUGCCUGCUACCUCCCAGACAGCGGCUGUACGAACUACAAUUAUAUCAUGGAAAACCUCUUCCUGUACGUGAUCAGCAGUUUAGAGUUGUUGGUUGCAGAAGACUACAUGAUCAUCUACAUGAAUGGAGCUACGCCACGCAGGAGAAUGCCAGGCAUCAGCUGGCUCAAGAGAUGCUACCAGAUGAUAGAAAGAAGGUUAAGAAAGAAUCUCAAAUGUUUGAUCAUCGCACACCCUUCCUGGUUCAUCCGCACAGUUCUGGCCAUCUCAAGACCGUUUAUUAGUGUGAAGUUUAUGGAAAAGAUUUGUUACGUCCAGAGUCUGGAGGAACUGGCUCACAUUGUUCCAAUGGAGCAAGUGCAGAUUCCAGAGUGUGUGCUGCAAUAUGAUGAUGAGCGUAUCAAAGCACAGAGAGAAAGGCUGCCCUCAGUAGCUACAGAGGCCUGUCCCUGACGGGGUUCAUUGGAAUAUCACAGGGACACAUCUGCAUAUGCAGUUUUCCAAAGUUGUUUCUUUAAAGAACAAUUGGGAUGCCAAAAUUGAUUUUUCUCAAGCACAAUCAUCAACAAAAAGUGAAGUUUUCCAUACACACUCACCUCGUGGUCAGGAUCAUUCAGCUAGUCACAGCUGAAUAAGUGUGAACAAGAAAGAAAACAAACAUUCAUGAACUCUUUUUUCCAAUACUUAUUUUUGUCUGAAGAGGAACAUCUGUGAAAACACAAAUAUGUUGCAUAACACUCCUAAAAAGGUCAUUUUUGUUGUACAAAAGUAAAACAUGUUCAUGGAGCCCCUUAGAGUACGGGGUGGGAAUUUAUUUUUCUGAACUAGUUUUGUGUUCCCUUUACAAAAAGUUUUGCGUUCCCUCACAAUAGUUUGUGUUCCAUCAAAAUAAGUUUUGCGUUCCCUUGCAAUCCACCUUUUUCCUGAAAACGGAAGUGUCCCACGAUUCGACUGUUUUCAAUUUCCGGUCUCCAGUGUUUUUGGUACAUAUUCUUAGUAGGUAAAAUAUUUAAGGUAUUACAUUUGUAAAAAUGGUCAACGUGUGACUGUAUAGUGCUGAUGUUUCACAGAGUCGAGAUGACCAUCUUUUUUUGACAGUGCCCCAACUGAGUGUGUAGAUGACAUGAAGCGAUGGUCCGAGGUUAGUUGUGUUGAUAUCAUUAACUACUUUGAGUUAUUAUGACAGCCAACAACAGCACAAGUUUUACAUUCCAUUGUAAUGAGUUUUGUAUUCUCUCACAAUAGUUUGUGUUCCCUUGUUAUAAGAUUUGCUUUCCUUCAUAAUAAGUUUUGAGUUCCCUCGUAAUAAGUUUUGCGUUCCUUCGUAAUGGGUUUUGCGUUCCCUCACAAUAGUUUAAGUUCCCUCGUAACAGGUUUUGAGUUCCCUCGCAAUAGUUUGCAUUCCCUUUUAAUACGUUCUGUGUGCCCUCACAAUAGUUUGCAUUCCCUCACAAUAGUUUGCAUUCCCUCAUAAUAAGUUUUGCAUUCCUUCGUAAUAAGUUUUGCGUUCCCUCACAAUAGUUUGCGUUCCCUUGUUAUAAAUUUUGCUUUCCUUCAUAGUAAGUUUUGCAUUCCCUCAUAAUAAGUUUUGCAUUCCUUCGUAAUAAGUUUUGCGUUCCCUCACAAUAGUUUGCGUUCCCUUGUUAUAAAUUUUGCGUUCCUUCAUAGUAAGUUUUGCAUUCCCUCGUAAUAAGUUUUGCAUUCCCUCACAAUAGUUUGCAUUUCCUUGUUAUAAGUUUUGCGUUCCUUCAUAGUAAGUUUUGCAUUCCCUCGUAAUAAGUUUUGCGUUCCCUUACAAUAGUUUGCGUUCCCUCGUAAUAAGUUUUGCGUUCCCUCGUAAUAAGUUUUGCGUUCCUUCGUAAUAAGUUUUGCGUUCCCUCACAAUAGUUUGCAUUUCCUUGUUAUAAGUUUUGCGUUCCUUCAUAGUAAGUUUUGCAUUCCCUCGUAAUAAGUUUUGCGUUCCCUUACAAUAGUUUGCGUUCCCUCGUAAUAAGUUUUGCGUUCCCUCGUAAUAAGUUUUGCGUUCCCUCGUAAUAAGUUUUGCGUUCCUUCGUAAUAAGUUUUGCGUUCCCUCGUAAUAAGUUUUGCGUUCCCUCGUAAUAAGUUUUGCGUUCCCUCGUAAUAAGUUUUGCGUUCCUUCGUAAUAAGUUUUGCGUUCCCUCACAAUAGUUUGCGUUCCCUUGUUAUAAGUUUUGCGUUCCUUCAUAGUAAGUUUUGCGUGCCCUCAUAAUAAGUUUUGCGUUCCCUCACAAUAGUUUGUGUUUCCUUGUUAUAAGUUUUGCGUUCCUUCAUAGUAAGUUUUGCAUUCCCUCGUAAUAAGUUUUGCGUUCCCUCACAAUAGUUUGCAUUUCCUUGUUAUAAGUUUUGCGUUCCUUCAUAGUAAGUUUUGCAUUCCCUCGUAAUAAGUUUUGCGUUCCCUUACAAUAGUUUGCGUUCCCUCGUAAUAAGUUUUGCGUUCCCUCGUAAUAAGUUUUGCGUUCCUUCGUAAUAAGUUUUGCGUUCCCUCACAAUAGUUUGCAUUUCCUUGUUAUAAGUUUUGCGUUCCUUCAUAGUAAGUUUUGCAUUCCCUCGUAAUAAGUUUUGCGUUCCCUUACAAUAGUUUGUGUUCCCUCGUAAUAAGUUUUGCGUUCCCUCGUAAUAAGUUUUGCAUUCCUUCGUAAUAAGUUUUGCGUUCCCUCACAAUAGUUUGCGUUCCCUUGUUAUAAGUUUUGCGUUCCUUCAUAGUAAGUUUUGCGUGCCCUCAUAAUAAGUUUUGCGUUCCCUCACAAUAGUAUGCAUUUCCUUGUUAUAAGUUUUGCGUUCCUUCAUAGUAAGUUUUGCAUUCCCUCGUAAUAAGUUUUGCGUUCCCUUACAAUAGUUUGCGUUCCCUCGUAAUAAGUUUUGCGUUCCCUCGUAAUAAGUUUUGCGUUCCUUCGUAAUAAGUUUUGCGUUCCCUCACAAUAGUUUGCGUUCCCUUGUUAUAAGUUUUGCGUUCCUUCAUAGUAAGUUUUGCGUUCCCUCAUAAUAAGUUUUGCGUUCCCUCACAAUAGUUUGCGUUUCCUUGUUAUAAGUUUUGUGUUCCUUUGUAACAAGUUUUGCAUUCUUUCGCAAUACGUUUUUUGUUCCCUCACAAUAAGUUUUGCGUUCCUUCGUAAUAAGUUUUGCGUUCCCUCGUAAUAAAGUUUGCGUGCCCUCUCAAUAGUUUGCAUUUCCAAGCAAUACGUUUUGCGUUCCCUCAUAAUAUGUUUUGCGUUCCCUCGUAAUAAGUUUUGCGUUCCUUCGUAACAAGUUUUGCGUUCCCUCACAAUAAGUUUUGCAUUCCCUCAUAAUAAGGUUUGCAUGCCCUCUCAAUAGUUUGCAAUAAGUUUUGCUUUCCCUUGCAAUACAUUUUGUGUUUCCUCGCAAUAAAUAUUGCAUUCCCUCACCUAAAAAUUACCAUGGUUUUACUACAGUAACAUAUUUUAACCAUAUUUUAUUCUUUGUGAAACCAUAGUAAUAUUACAGAAAAACAAAAACUAUGGUGAUAAAAUUAAUCAUUUUGUGGUUACUAUGGUUUUACUACAAAUACCAGUUAAAUCAUGUUAUUUGUAGUAAAGCCAUGGCUACUAUAUAUGGGUACAGUAUACUGUAUUAAAACCAUGGUUUCCACCAAAUAAUCAUGGUUAUUUGGUGGAAACCAUGGUUUAAAAUGUCAGUAUUACUUGAGUAAAGCCAUGAUUUGCUCCAAAAAACAUGGUUACUUCAGUAUUACUAUAGUAAAACUAUGGUUAAUUUAUUGUGAACAAAUCCCACCCUGUCCUCUAAAGGGCCCCGUAAAUGUUCGAUUUGACAAGUGAUUCUUCUUUUUCCAAGAAGUCAGUUAAUACCAGCAGGACCAUAUGUAAUCACAGCUGAUUCUUGACUUGGCAGACUAACCUUGUGUACAUGCCAACAAGUUCCACAACACAAAUUUUGUCUGUCAUAUAUUGCAGCAGUUCACAGGUUUAAAUCAAUAUGAAAUCAAAACUGACCCUAUUUGCUUCCUUAAUGCAUGGUUCGGGACAUAUUGUGCAUGAUUCAACAAUGUAUGUUAUUCCAAUGAAAAAAAUGAAUGGCCACUUUUCACAAUUUUCACACUUUUCAUGUUCACUUUUAAACUUAUCUAAUUAACUGUUUGACCAAUUAUGUCUCUUUUAAAUGAUGUCUUUAAAAGUGUCAAGAAUGGAAUACUAGCUUAGUGCAUACUGAACAUUAUACACUGUACACCUCUUCAGUGUUAUUUUUUUCAAUAGUACGUAAUGCAAUAUGCACAGAUAAACAUUUUAAACAGAAGCAUGCUACAUUUUUGUCAUAUACUGUAUAUCCUGACUAAAAAUGUCAACUUUUGGCAGUCUGAUCAAAUAAAUCAAUGUGGAGGUAUUAUACUGUAAAUCGAGGUUAGUACUGCUUGACAAAAAAGUGCAUUAUCACAAAAUAUUCCAUGCAGUGUCCUCUGGCAAAUAUAGUAGGUCAUUUGGGGAUUCCAUACAGAAAAUGUGUACACUAAACACAGUAUACAUGCUGCAUAUUGCAAAAAUAGUACAAGUUGUGUGUUAGUAUGCCAAAAGUCUCUGGCAUGAGUGGUAAUCCAAGUGAGCCAUUUGAGUUCACUGUAAGUGAAGUACUUCAAAGCAGUUUUACAGUGUACUGUGUGUAAAUCGUUUGUAUCAUAAAAUGUGCAAUAAGUAAAAUGAACAAGUUGCUAAAAUUGAUGAUGUGAUAAA